GAAGGCGGGACCACCCCGUCUCCUGGCAACGAGGCGGGGGGGGGGGGGGCGGCCGAGGGAGCGGCGGCCGGAGCGCGGCGCAGCCGGAACCCAGGAGCCGAGCGGAGAACCAGCGCUUCGGAAUAAGCAGGAAAUGGCGGACGAGGCGUUGUUCUUGCUGCUCCACAACGAGCUGGUAUCGGGCGUGUACAAGUCCGCGGAGCAGGGGGAGGUGGAAAAUGGACGCUGUAUUACUAAGCUGGAAAACAUGGGGUUUCGAGUGGGACAAGGAUUGAUAGAAAGGUUUACAAAAGAUACCGCGAGGUUCAAGGAUGAAUUAGAUAUUAUGAAGUUCAUUUGUAAAGAUUUCUGGACUACAGUAUUCAAGAAACAAAUCGACAAUCUGAGGACAAAUCAUCAGGGCAUCUAUGUACUUCAGGACAACAAAUUCCGUCUGCUUACUCAGAUGUCUGCAGGGAAACAGUACUUAGAACAUGCAUCUAAGUAUUUAGCAUUUACAUGUGGCUUAAUCAGAGGUGGCUUAUCAAACUUGGGAAUUAAAAGUAUUGUAACAGCUGAGGUAUCUUCAAUGCCUGCCUGUAAAUUUCAGGUGAUGAUACAGAAGUCAUAGAACAUACUGAAAUGCAAUGCUUCAACAGUGUAAAGAAUUAAAUUAUUUAUGUAUAAAGUACUUCAAGUAGCAAUGAUUUAAUUAAAAUUGUUGGACAUUUGUGUUGAAA